UUAUUAAAGAAAAGGAAAAUUUUCCAAAACUUCAUCACCCCCAUCUCAUGCUCACAAAACCAUGAACACCAUAGCCAUACCACUCUGUCACUCACAGUCGCCAUAGAACAAAAUGCUGGAACGCGUCCUCUCCUUGCGUCGAUCGCCUCCUCACUCCGAUUCCGACGCCUCCGACGCUGCCGGCGACGAGUCCAAGACGAAGCGGCCACACAUCUCCCUCAUGGCCACCAACUUCCUCUCUCGUGUGGGACACAGGUGGUGGCCUUUUCUCAUCCUCGGCCUCCUUUUACUCAUCUUUCUCUGCCUCACUUCCUUGGCCUUUUACCCCAGUCGCUUCGUCUGCAUCUCUCCUUUCGAUCCCGCCGCCCGGGUCGGGUUUUUCGGGUUCGAAGGUCUUGAAUCGGACUUCGGAGUCCUCGGUGUUCCCUGGUGCAGAUCGAAACAUGGAAAAACUAUUGAAUGGACAUCUAAGGAUUUGAUCAAAGGUCUGGAAGAGUUUGUACCCAUAUAUGAAACACGACCAAUCAAGAACAACAUGUAUGGGAUGGGUUUUGACCACAGCUUUGGCCUUUGGUUUAUCACCCGUUGGCUGAAGCCAGAUCUGAUGAUUGAAAGUGGCGCAUUCAAGGGUCACUCAACCUGGGUUCUGAGGCAGGCAAGGCCACACACACCAAUUGUGUCUCUUUCACCAAGGCAUCCUGAGAAGUACCUAAAAAAGGGGCCUGCUUAUGUUGAUGAAAACUGCACAUACUUCGCUGGGAAAGAUUUUGUUGAUUUUGGAAGUGUUGACUGGACAAGUGUUAUGAAGAAACAUGGGAUUACAGAUCUUAAUCGAGUUCUUAUCUUCUUCGAUGAUCAUCAAAGUGAACUAAAGAGGCUAAAGCAGGCAGUGAAGGCUGGCUUUCGUCAUCUUAUUUUUGAGGACAACUAUGAUACAGGAACUGGAGAUCAUUAUUCGCUGAGGCAGAUAUGUGAUCAGUUUUAUAUCAGAGGAGGUGGCCACAGCUGUUUUCAAGAUAGUGAUGAAGCGAGGAUUAGAGCCAAAAGGAAGAAAUUUUGGGAGAAGGCAGUUGAUGUAGAUGAACUAUGUGGACCGGGUGAAACAUGGUGGGGUGUUAGAGGAGAGAUGCGCGAUAACUUCAACCACAGUAAUCAGGUUAUCUCAUUUUCCGAACAUUUCCAGAACAGCCGAUAUGUUGAAUCGGUUCUAGAUGUGUAUUGGGAGUUACCACCUGUAGCAGGACCUUCUCUCACACACCAAUCACGGUAUGAUCCUGCUCGAGUGUCUAGUCCAAUUGUUGAAGAUGGCCGGUAUGGUUUGUUCCAGCGACUCGGCUUAGGUAGGCUUGAGACUUCUGUAUUCAAUGGAUACACCCAAAUGGUUUAUCUUCAAAUUUCUGAACCAGAAUCGUAGAACUUAGUUGAAAUACAUGAGAAGCAGUUUGAUUUCAGGGAGAAUGAACUGGGAGAUGUGUCUAUAUUCUGUGGUUUUUUCUCAUAGCUUUUCUUUAUUGACCAUUAUUUGCAUUCUUCGUUAAAUUCUCUGCUCCUUUUUCGGAAUUGUGAAUUAGAAUAUGUGAUGGUUGUCUCCA